CUCUCACGCCGGAAGCUGUCAUCGCGUUAGCGUCUCUGUUAUGACACGUGAAAGUCACCGGUAAAACACCGCGUCCUUAUUCGUUCCUCACGCCCUCACCAUGUUAAAGGUAGAUCUCACAGCACAUUCUCACGCGAUGUCUCACCGUUUGUAGCGAUAAUACUUUGUCACCGCUGCUAUCAAGGUUAGCUAGCAAAACGCGUCCCAGUCUCGUCGCCCAGCGCUAACUUAACGUUAGCUCAGGAUACGGCAACGCUCUGCGUCACUUUCUCUGCAACUCUCCCACCGCCACUCGUCCCUUUAAAAAAAAAGUGCGCUAAUGGCAAGGAGCCUCGGCCGAAUGUGCAAAGCCCUCCAGCGGCUCGGCUCAGUCUCGUCGAUGCAGUCUCAACUCGGCCGCCCGUCCUCCUGCGUCUCAUUCAGGACCGACUCAAGGGACAUGCUGGGGCUGGCGUCGGGCUUCUUCUCCAAGCCCCGGGACUUCAGCCUGCCGAACUCCUCGUGGGGACCGGAGAUGAUGCGGUUGUACGAGCAAUACAACAGCCAGUGUGGGGAGGAGACGGAAGGAGGAGAGAACCGGGAGGGACCGUGGAAGAGGCUGCCCAGCUACAAUCGCUUCCUCAAGUACGCGACAGGUGGAGUUUAUCUCAGCAGGAUGAUCCACAAAAAAGCUCGUCUUUUUACCCGGAACAACAGAGACCAGGGGGCUACAUUUGAGUAUGUUUUAUUUUUUAAUAGUGAGGAGGACAAGUGCGUGGGCGUCUUCCAGGCCGGACAUCUGCUGGAGGGGCCGCCAGGGCAUGUCCACGGGGGGGCAAUAGCCACUAUGAUUGACACUGUGAUAGGGACUCAUGCUACCAUAGCAUGUGGACCAGUUUUGACUGCCAAUCUCAACAUCAACUACCGCAGGCCCAUCCCACUGGGAAACACAGUGUUGCUAGAAUCCUCUGUGGAUAAGAAGGAAGGCAAGAAGGUAUUUGUCACAUGCAAAAUGACCAGCAGCGACGGAUCCAAGCUGCACACGGACUCGACAGCACUAUUUGUGUCAAUCAAGGUCAGCCAACUUCUACUGGGAUCGUGACACAAACACACCGGGCGACCACCUCCCUGAACGCUGACCGCAACCAGAGGCCACAACGUGCGUGUGUGUGUGUGUGUGUGUGUGUGUGUGUGUGUGUGUGUGU